ACAUGGCCGCCAGGAGACGUCGGUGGGCUCAUAGCAGCAGCUGUUUGUUAUGUUUAAUAUUCUUUAUCUUAAUCGGUUCAUCAUUAGAUGGAGUAAAUGCCGCACCAGAAACGGGUCUGUGGACUAUUACAGUGCUCAAUACAUCAAGACCUUUAUUAUUACGAAAAUCCAUGUACAAAGACACUGAUAUUCAAAUGAGAGUGUCGUCCUUUGGUUGUUUAGAGGAAGUGACAUUUACCAUUCAAUGGUUUUUGAAGUAUUACCCAUGCCACAAUGAGUACAACAACAUUGAGGAACUUUAUGACAAGACGCCACUGAGUCGAGGAUUGAGUCUUGACCCGAACCCUCUUGGACCGGGUGAAUAUAUUCAGCACAAAUACAGUGGAUUACUGUGUCACAGUGACAUGCACUUUUUCCCCAUGCUCAAUAAAUCAAAAGCAGAGCCAAAAGUGGUUGAACGAAUUGCGGUAGAAGGCAAUUUACAGGAUGACAGUUUCACAAGUUCUCCUCUAGCUGACACUGGCACAUAUAGAGCAAAGGAUCAUGUGAUUGCAAAAACCUGGAGGGAUGGGCCGUACCUGCUCGUGGUUGCGACUCAGCCAAGCAAACAGGAUGUCAACUGGAAUUUAACCUUCAGUGUGGUGAUGAAGGGGACCCACGGCUAUCUCUCCAUCACAGAAUGGCCUCUCAUGAUCUUCUACAUGGUGAUGUGUAUGGUGUACAUCCUGUACGCUCUCCUCUGGUUUGUCUGGUCCUCCUGUUACUGGAAAGACCUCCUGAGGAUCCAGUUCUGGAUUGCAGGUGUGAUCUUCCUGGGCAUGAUAGAGAAGGCCGUCUUCUGUGCUGAAUAUCAGAACACUAACACUGUGGGCUCAGCAUCUCAGGGUCUGCUGAUCUUUGCCGAGCUCAUUUCAGCUCUGAAGAGAACUCUUGCGCGUCUGCUGGUCAUCAUCGUCAGUCUGGGCUAUGGAAUUGUUAAGCCACGACUAGGCACAGUCAUGCACAGAGUGGUGGGGCUGGGAAUGCUCUACUUCGGUUUUGCUGCCAUCGAGGGAGUUUUGAGAAUCACUGGGGGUCGAGAUAAUGGACCAGCCCUCAUCACUUACGUGAUACUAGCCGUGUUUGAUUCUUCUGCCAUCUGGUUCAUAUUUGUCAGUCUAGCACAAACCAUUAAGACUCUAAAACUCAGAAGAAACCCAGUGAAGUUGUCUUUAUACAGACACUUCACAAACACACUCAUCUUUGCUGUUCUUGCCUCAGUCAUUUUCAUGGUGUGGACGACAAAGAAGUUCCGUUUAGCAGAUUGUCAGGCGGACUGGAUGGAGUUGUGGGUGGAUGAUGCGUUCUGGAGGUUCCUCUUCUCCAUCAUACUGCUGGUCAUCAUGUUUCUGUGGAGGCCGUCAGCCAACAACCAAAGGUAUGCGUUCACACCUUUGAUUGAUGACUCUGAUGACGAGGAGAUCGAAGAGUUCCUGGUGUCAGCAAAUAUAGCUGAUGGGAUAAAGUUGAGGGCAGCUAAGACAGAAACUAACGGCACAGUGAAACCUGCAGCAGCUAAUCUGGAUGAAGAUUUGAAGUGGGUGGAGGAGAAUAUUCCCACCUCUCUUACUGAUGUAGCACUUCCUGUUCUUCUCGACUCUGAUGAGGAGAUCAUGACCACAAAGUAUGAGAUGUCUAAGAUGGAGUGAGUUUGAGAAAGUCCUGCAUCUACAGCAAGCUUCCAGAGAUCAACCAUACCGCUGUUCCUCAAACUGCCGUCUGACCCUCACCAGAGAGAGCAACAGACAGACUGUUUUCCUCCUUUGGUCUGCUUGGUUGGCAACCUUUGGGUGCGAUGAAGAAAUCGUGCUGAUGGGGCGGAAGUAUUCUAGCAAAUUUAGACGCCGUACUAGCUGAACGUCAUGUGAGGCGUUACCUCUUUUCUCUGAACUCUUAACAACGUCCAGCAGACUUUGUCAACACUGAUCUGUAUUUAUGUUUCUACACUUUUGUGAUGCCAUGCCUCUUAAUAUUGUGCAUGACUAAUCAAAUGCAGUAAUAAUUCAUUUUUGUUUGUUUGUGUGCUUGUCACUCAAAGUUAAACCUGAAAAACAAAUAUUGAUAAGGAAUUUCAAGUUGAAUGACCAAAGUGUCUUCUCCAACAGUUAGGACCCUGUCAUUCGCUGUAUAUAAUGUUAUUUAUCUGUUUCAUACUGGUUCAUUGUUUUGUCUAUAAUUUCGAGACAUAAUGUAAAAUGUGAAUAGUAGAACGACUGUAGGUCUGAUGGAUUUGUAUUGGUGUGUGUCCAGGAAGUAAUUUAAAUGGGCAAAAUAGUAUUCUUUAGAUUCAAAGUCAGUUUUUAUUAAAUUAUGUUUUUGCUUUGAACAUGUGUCCUGCUUAAAAGAAUAGUUCAUCCUGAAGUAAAAAUCAUUUACUCAUCCUUAUAUCGUUCCAAACACAUUUUAUGCAACACAAAAGGACCCUUCUCUUUUUCAGACAAUAAAAGUGCAUGGUGAUUUAUUUGGAUCAAGCUCCAAAAAUGACAUGAAAGCAUUAUCGAAGUUUUGUAAAAAAUAGUCCAGGCUAUGUGAUCCAUGGAAAAAAUAACAGCAUACAGAUGUGGAAUGACAUAACAGAAUUUACAUUUUUGAGUUUUUUUUUUAGGAAAAGCAUAUGUAUCUUAAUCUCUGUGUAGAUGCAUACUAAAGCCUUAAACACUUAUGUUCUUGAGUUUUGUUUUGCGUUUGGCUUUAUCACAAUCUGUUGUUCUGACAGAUUGCUACUUUGACUUUUCAGCCCUUGUCUUGACAUUCCGUGACAUGUCUUUGAAACAGAACAAUGUGUGCUUUAACAUGAGCCGCAGUAAACAAGAUGACUGUUAAACUUCAGAAAGAGAUAAAACAUUGUCAAAUAACUGUAUAAUAUAAAGUGCAAUUUAAGUGAAUGUGAUGUCUUUUGUCAUGAGAUGCAGUGAUUUAACUUAACCCUUGUGCAUCAAGUUAAAAAAGAUACUCGGGUCGUUAGUGGACAAAAAUGUCCGCGUCAAAAAACUGCCAUAAUAUAUAUUAUUUUCCACUCGUAACUACCAAAUAUUCAUUCAUUUUCAAGAUUUUAACCCUUUAAAUGCCAGUUUGUUUAUAUAAUUUUAUGGAAGAAAAAAAACAAUUAUUAUUAUUGCUAAGGGGAAAUUUCUUUUUGGGAUUAUCACACUCUGGGUUAUGUCAAUGAUUAGCAACAACAUAGAUUCUGAUGCAUUAUUAUUUUUUGUGCAGUGUCAGAUUUUUAAAAAAAAAACUCAGGACCAAAGAGGACAAAAUGUCCAUGUCAAAAAACUGCCAUAAAUAUAUUAUAUAUUAAUAUUAUUUUCCACUUUCACUGACUUAGAUUUUUAAACCAACAUCAGUCCUGAUCAUAAUUACCAAAUAUUCAUUCAUUUUCAGGAUUUUAACCCUUUAAAUGCCAGUUUGUUUACAUAAUGCCACUGUUGUUUUUUACUCACUCACUCACACAUACACACACAAAACACACUCUGACAUCCAUACCAACACACACACACAAUUGUAGCUGCAUCAUUUAUUCAAUUGGCCUGCAGUGCUCUACAAUACAGCAAACAGAAAAUAGGAAAAAGCAUGUAAUUGCUCCAUAGGCUAAACAUGAGAAAAAUGGCGCCAUCUGGUGGAACAUAUUAAAAAUAUACAUUUUGAAGCCAGGGCUCUGACAAGAAAACAUAUAGAAUUCAUGAUUUUAUGCUUUAAUGGCACUGGGAUCAAAUAUUGCAGUUUUAAUGGGUUUCAAUGGGGACAUUUUUGUCCUUAAGGUCCUGAGUGUAACUAUUUUGCGUACACGGUGUGUUAUAAUUGUAUUAUAGGAACUGAGGUUGAAAUAUCUAAAUUCCCCCCAAAAAUACACACCUUUGGCAAAAUUUAUGCCAUUGGAAUUAACAGCUAAAAUGAUCAAAAAAAAAAAAAAAAAAAAAGAAAGACAAUAAUGUCCCGAAGGUCUCACAAGGGUUAAUUUAUCUGUAUGAUGCUGGUCUUGUCUUUUCAUUUGUCACUAUUUUGUUUCUUUUAUAAAAAUCUUUUACUUUCAA